AUGGAACGAUUAUUGACAACAGCAAUUAAACAAAGGGUUUAUACUGACGGGCGUACUUUCUGUAAACUAAAUGAAAGCUACAGAUGCCAUCCAAGCAUUAUUGAAUUUUCUUCAAACAAUUUUUAUUCUGGCGAAUUAAUGGCUGUUAGAGGAGAAGAAAGAACAGGAUUCUGUCAAUGGAGAUAUUUACCACGCAAAAAUUUUCCGAUAAUUCUUCAUGUUGUUUCUAAGGGUGCUGAAGUUCGUCAAGCAGACGGUGGGCGAUCAUUUCACAAUUUGGAAGAAGUUGAUGUUGUUAUAAAAUAUAUUGAUUUGAUCAAAAAAACAAUGGGCGAUAUUAAAGAUUCUGAUAUUGGGGUUAUCAGUCCUUAUAAACAACAGACCUCAAAAAUUCGUGAAUUACUCUGCCGACGUAAGGAUAUUACAGUUGAUUCUGUCGAAUGCUUUCAAGGCUCUGAACGUAGAGUUAUAAUAAUUAGUUUGUCAAGAUCAGAACAGAUGGGAUUUCUUUCAGAAUAUAAGAGAAUUAAUACUUCAUUUACUCGAGCCAAGGAAUUAUUGAUUGUUAUUGUUUCACAGGCUUUUAUUAAUGUUUUGGAUCCGCAUAAUAAAAAGAAUUAUUGGAAAAAAUUUAUUCAUUUUUGUAUUGAAAAUGAUGCCGUAACAAUUGAUAAAUUUGCUGGAGAAGAUGGACGUGAAAUCGAUGCUGAGGAGAUGGAUAACUUUAAGAAAACAAUCAUGGAUAGUAUUAAUUCUGAUUUAACCGCCAAAGUUGAACGACCUGGACCUCGACUUAAACAAUCUGUCCCAUCUCAAUCGAAUUUGGAGGAUGAUUUGAAUGAUUUAACUACUACAAAUAAAUCAAGUCCACCCCGCAAAUUACAUGGAGUACACCCAACGCCACUCUUCAAAACGCGUAAUGAUGUCACUGAAAAUAAACCAAAAGAAUCAAACAAAUCUAAUAAUAAAUCAAAAGAAAGUAAAAAUAAUGAUGAAAGUAAAGAGUGGCUUUCUGAUGAUGAUGAAGCUGGAACAGAAUUUUGGGCAAAACAUUUUGCUUCUUGCAAGCCUUCUAAUCUUCGACCUUAUUUAAGUAAUGGAUUUAACGAUGAUAUUAUUUCUGAUGACGAAGAUGAACCAAAAAUGUCGAAUUCUGUCAGUUCUGAAUCCAACAAUAGAAGUGACUUUAGAAAACCAAAAAGUGUACAAAAAUUGGAAAAGAAGCACCAAGCUGUUUUAAUGCAAGAAGCUCAAAAGUCUAAUAAACAAGAAAAAACUGCAAAUGAAGGACAGAAAGUUAAUAAACGUCUUGUUCCAGUUCUAAAUACCAGCUCUACAAAAAUGUCCAUGCAAAAACGUCAUUCUGUUGCAAGCAUUCUCACUGAUGUAAGUUUGAUAACUGAUUCAGAAGCAAGUCAAUAUUGCAUAAAGCUGAUAAAAUAUUGCCAAGAGAAUGACCUUGACGAAAGAAUUUAUUCAGUUGAUGAAUUGGCAGAUAUUUUACUUAAAACACAUUUUAAUGCGCUCAAACAACUAAAAAUUGAUACAUUUUUAACUUCAUAA